AUGGCGAGCAAGCGGAAUCGUGUAAAGGUCUAUGUGCUGAAAGAAGAUCAGCAAUGGGGCCAGCUGGGCGUGGGACAAAUCUCCUCAAGUUACAUAGAGUGCCUCCAAAGCGUGUGUCUGCUUGUUCGGUCAGAGUCUGAUGGCUCACUGAUUUUACAGUCCAAGAUACACCCAAACGUGCCCUAUCAGAAACAACAGGGUGUGUUAAUUGUUUGGUCUGAAGAUGAGAACCAUGGUGUGGCACUAAGUUUCCAGGAUCCAGCAGGCUGUCGAGACAUCUGGGAAGACAUAUGCCAAGUCCAAGGUAAAGACCCAACUGUUGAAAUCACACAAGAUCUUUUGGAAGGACCAGACCAAUUUGAUGAAAUGCCAUCAACCAGUAGUCUGGUUGAGCUGCCAAACUGUGAACUCCAUACACUUGAAGAAAUAGCUGAUCUGUUUACUUCUGUCCUUGCUUCACCUAUAGGUAAAGAAAGGUUGGCACUGACCUUGGAAAAUGAAGAUUAUAUUAAAAAACUACUGCAAAUAUUUCACAUUUGUGAGAACCUAAAGAACAUUGAAGGCUUACAUAACUUGCACAAAAUUAUUAAAGGCAUCUUAUUCCUCAACAAAACUCCUCUGUUUGAAAUCAUGUUUUCUGAUGAGUGUAUCAUGGAUGUGGUGGGAUGCCUUGAAUAUGACCCUGCCUUGACUCAGCCAAAAAGAUAUAGGGAAUUCUUGACCCAAAAUGUAAAGUUCAAGGAAGUUAUGCCAAUAACAGACUCUAAACUUAGGCAAAAAAUACAUCAGACCUACAGAGUGCAGUACAUUCAUGAUAUUCUUUUUCCUAUACCAUCCAUAUUUGAAGAGAAUCUUCUCUCUACUCUUACAACUUUUAUUUUCUUCAACAAGGUUGAGAUAGUCAGCAUGCUGCUGGAAGACGAUAUGUUUUUGUUUGAAGUUCUUGCACAGUUAAGGGAUAAGGCUACAGAUGAAAAUAAACGGCUUGAAUUAUUAUUUUUUUUCAAGGAAUUCUGUGGGUUUUCCCAGACACUGCAGCCUCAAAGCAAGGAUGCUUUAUUCACAACAUUGUUACAACUGGGAAUUCUUUCUGCUCUUAAAAUUUUAAUGAGCAUGGAUGAUUUCCAAGUAAAGAUAACAGCUACAGAUAUAUUUGCUUAUCUGGUAGAGUACAGUCCAUCUAUGAUCCGAAUAUUUGUAAUGGAGGAAGCUCAGGAUGGUGAAGAUGAUGAACUUUUUAUUAAUGUAGUAAUUGAACAAAUGAUCAGUGAUACUGAUCCUGAACUUGGAGGUGCCAUUAAUUUGAUGGGACUUCUUCGUUGUCUACUUGAUGUGGACAACAUGCUGCUAGUACCCAAUGAAUGUGAAAGAAGUGAAUUUCUAAAUUUCUUCUACAGACGUUGCAUGCAUAACUUGAUAGCACCAAUUUUGUCUACUACUUCAGAAGACAGAGAUGAAGAGGAUUAUUUAUUUGGACCUGACGAAAACAACACGUUCCUGAUCUUAUCUGCUGUGCGUUUUAUGAGAAGGAUGAUUGGUCUUAAAGAUGAACUUUAUAAUCGUUACAUCAUCAAGGGAAAUCUUUUUGAUCCAGUUGUAAAUGCAUUUCUGAUUAAUGGAACUCGGUACAAUAUGCUAAAUUCGGCUAUUAUUGAGCUAUUUGAAUAUAUACGAGUGGAAAAUAUCAAGUCUCUUGUUGCACAUAUAGUUGAAAAGUUUUACAAGGCUUUUGAAUUGAUUGAAUAUGUUCAGACUUUCAAAGGAUUGAAGAUUAAAUAUGAACAAGAGAAAGACAGACAAAAUCAAAUAAGGAAGAAUUUACAUUCUAUACUAUAUAUUAAAAAUUUUUGCAGAGAUGCCAAUGGCAUGGAGGAGGUGAAGGCUGAUAUGUAUUUUAAGGAAAAUACCACAGAUGUACUUAUGCCACCAAUGGAAAAUGACUUUCCAGAUCAUUAUGAUACAUCUAUAGAUACUAAAAUACCAAAAGAAAAUGGAGAAAAGGUAGACCUUCUCAAAAGAACAUCUUCCGGUGAAUUCAGAAUUUCUUCAUCUAGCUCUCCUGAUUCUGAGGAUGAAAUCAGUACCCCAUCCAGUAGCAGUUUGGUUGGUUUAGUGGAUUAUCCAGAUGAUGAUAAUGAAGAAGAAGAUAAGGAAGAAGACAAAGCAUCCCCCAGAAAGAGACCUCAUCUUGACUUAUAA